AUGGCCUGCGGAAAGAUAUAUGGCUAUGUCAUAUGCCGAUUCACUGUCGUUACGCAUAAACCCGUGACGGCGAAAUUGACGCUGCCAAUGUCCAUCUACGAAAUGUGGUUCCCAUAUCACGGCGAUUCAAACUUCGGUGUCCGGGAACGUGGAAUGAACGAUGCUGUCGUACGUAGUCGCACCAGACUGUCGAUGUGCACGACGGCUCUCGGUUAUCAGUCGUGUACAGGCCCAGCUAUCAGAUAUAUCAGAGACAUCACCGAGAUCUGA